ACAUCCGCCACGUCCACCUCAACGGCACCUUGCAGCUCUAUCCCUUCUCGCCAUCAGGGUUUAAUAGCUUUAUCCACGACAAUGACUACUUCUGCACGGCUGAAAACAUAGCCGGCAAGAUAAGGAGCCCAAAUAUCCGUGUCAAAGCAGUUUUCAGGGAACCCUACACCGUACGGGUGGAGGAUCAAAGGUCAAUGCGUGGAAGCGUGGCUGUCUUCAAGUGCCUCAUUCCUCCUUCGGUGCAGGAGUAUGUUAGCGUUGUGUCGUGGGAAAGAGAUACAGUCUCAAUCAUCCCAGGGAGUAGAUUCCACAUCACUUCGUAUGGAGCCUUGUACAUAUCUGAUGUACAAAAGGAGGACGCGCUGUCCACGUACAGGUGUAUCACCAGACAUAAAUACAGCGGAGAAACGCGGCAGAGCAAUGGAGCCCGCCUCUCUGUUUCCGAUCCUAUGGAAUCAGCGCCUACAGUCUUGGACAGUUUUCAGUCCAGAGAAGUUAAAACCAGGAAAACUAUGGAGCUUCCUUGCAUUGCUUCAGGUUACCCAAACCCAACGAUCCGCUGGUUGAAAGACAACAGGCCCUUGCCAGUAGACAGCAGAUGGACCAAACGCAUCACAGGCCUGACGAUCAACAACUUGCGUGUGGAGGACAGUGGGACCUAUAUCUGUGAGGUGACAAACACAUUCGGCUCGGCAGAGGUUACUGGAAUCAUUAAAGUAGUAGAUCCACUGAGAGUAACAGUGACUCCAAAGAAGCUGAAAACUGGAAUCGGCAGUACUGUCAUCCUCUCGUGCAGUGUGAUGGGUUCCCCCGAAUACGUCAUCAGGUGGUACCGAGACACCGAGCUUGUUGUUCCCGACAGCUACAUUUCCAUUCGAGGAAUCAACAACGAAACCCUCCUUAUCACCUCUGCACAGAAGAGUCACUCAGGAGCCUAUCAGUGCUUUGCCACCAGGAAGUCCCAGACUGCGCAGGACUUCUCCAUAAUUGUCUUGGAAGACGGAACUCCUCGUAUUAUCUCGUCCUUCAGCGAAAGGGUAGUCAAUCCGGGCGAGCAGUUCUCUCUCAUGUGCGCGGCAAAGGGUGCUCCUCCCCCCACCCUCUCCUGGACGCUGGACGACGAGUUGAUCGUCAGGGACAGCGGGCACCGGACCAACCAGUACACCAUGACGGACGGCACCACCGUCAGCCAUAUGAAUGUCACCAGCCCGCAGAUCAAAGAUGGAGGGGUUUACCGCUGUGCCGCGAGGAACCUGGUCGGCAGCGCCAAGUACCAAGCGCGAAUAAACGUAAGAGGCUCUCCGAGUAUACGCUCCAUGAAAAACAUCACGGCCAUUGCUGGGAGAGAUACCUUCAUUAACUGCCGGGUCAUUGGAUAUCCCUACUACUCCAUCAAGUGGUACAAAGACUCAAUAUUGCUUCCUGACAAUCACAGGCAGGCCGUGUUCGAGAAUGGCACCUUGAAGCUUAUGGACGUGCAGAAGGGGAUGGACGAAGGGGAGUACGUGUGCAGUGUGCUGGUGCAGCAGCAGCACUCCAUCAGCCAGAGGGUCCACGUCGCAGUUAAAGUUCCCCCAUUGAUCCAGCCGUUUGAGUUCCCACCAGCAUCGAUAGGCCAGCUGCUCUACAUCCCCUGCGUGGUGUCAUCAGGUGACAUGCCCAUCCGCAUCACCUGGAGGAAGGAUGGUCAGCUCAUUCUCUCUGGCUCUGGGGUCACCAUCGAAACCAAAGAAUUCAUGAGCUCCCUGCAGAUCUCCAGCGUCUCUCUGAAGCACAAUGGCAACUACACGUGCAUCGCCAGUAACGAGGCCGCAACCGUCAUGCGAGAGCGACGGCUCAUUGUCCGAGUCCCCCCUCGUUUUGUGGUGCAGCCCAAUAACCAGGAUGGGAUCUAUGGGAAAUCUGGUGUUCUUAACUGCUCAGUGGAUGGAUAUCCUCCUCCAAAGGUCAUGUGGAAGCAUGCAAAAGGAAGUGGAAACCCUCAGCAAUAUCACCCUGUCCCAUUGACAGGCCGAAUUCAGAUCCUGGCUAAUGGUUCCUUGUUGAUUCGUCAUGUUUUAGAAGAAGAUAUUGGGUACUACCUUUGCCAAGCAAGCAAUGGAGUUGGCACAGACAUCAGCAAGUCAAUGUUUCUUACAGUAAAGAUCCCAGCAAUGAUUACUUCCCACCCCAACACCACCAUUGCCAUAAAGGGCCAGAACAAGGAGCUUAACUGCACAGCCCGUGGAGAGCGACCAAUCAUCAUUCGCUGGGAGAAGGAAGACACGGUGAUUGAUCCCGACAGAAUGUUCCGAUACUCGGUGGCCACCAAGGACAAUGGUGAAGAGGUUGUCUCCACCCUGAAGAUCAUACCUGCCGAUCGUGGGGACUCUGGCUUCUUCUCCUACGCAAUCAAUUCCUAUGGAGAGGAUCGAGGACUCAUUCAACUCACGGUUCAAGAGCCACCCGACCCUCCUGAGCUGGAGAUCAGAGAAGUGAAAGCCCGCAGCAUGAAUCUCCGCUGGACUCAGAGAUUUGAUGGGAACAGUCUUAUCCUUGGCUUUGACAUUGAAUAUAAGAACAAGUCAGACUCGUGGGACUUAAAGCAGAGUACUCGGAAUAUCAACCCAACCAUAAACCAGGCCAACAUUGUGGAUCUGCACCCAGCGUCCGUCUACAGUAUAAGGAUCUACUCAUUCAACAAGAUCGGCAGAAGUGAAUCAAGCAAAGAAUUAACCGUCAGCACAGAGGAAGCAGCUCCAGACGGCCCUCCCAUGGAUGUCAUAUUAGAGCCUGUCACAUCUCAGAGCAUCAGAGUGACCUGGAAGGCACCCAGGAAGGAGCUUCAGAACGGGGUGAUCCGAGGCUACCAGAUUGGUUACCGGGAAAAUGGCCCUGGCAGCAACGGACAGUACAGUAUUGUGGAGAUGAAGGCAACAGGAGACAGCGAGGUCUACACACUGGACAACCUGAAGAAGUUUGCUCAGUAUGGCGUGGUUGUGCAGGCAUUUAACCGAGCUGGCACCGGUCCAAGUUCCUCUGAAAUCAAUGCCACAACACUCGAGGAUGUUCCCAGCCAACCUCCAGACAACGUGAAGGCCGUGUCCAUCUCAUCGGACGUUGUCACCAUUAUUUGGUCACCACCUCCUCGCAGUACUUUGAAUGGAGUAUUGAAGGGGUUCCGUGUCAUCUACUGGUCUGUGCACCCAGAUGGAGACUGGGGAGAGAUGCAGAACAUCACCACGCUGGACUCACGGGUAGAGCUGAGAGGACUGGAGAAAUUCACCAAUUACAGCGUCCAGGUGCUGGCAUUCACCCAGGCGGGGGACGGUGUGCGCAGCCUGGUGAUCUACGCACAGACAAAAGAAGACAUUCCAGGGCCUCCUGCCGGAAUCAAAGCUGUCCCCUCCUCUGCCAGCAGUGUGGUGGUGUCCUGGCUCCCUCCAACCAAGCCAAAUGGAAUCAUCCGCAAAUACACCAUCUUUUGUUCGAAUCCAUAUCCCUCCAUCCCUGCAUGUUCUGAAUAUGAGGCUUCACCGGAGACCCUGUACUACCAGAUCCCAAACCUAAACAGCAAGCAGCAGUAUUUGCUCUGGGUGGCAGCAGUCACAUCGGCCGGUCGAGGCAAUGUCAGCCAUAAGGUCACCGGGGAGCCCGCAGCAAAGGCCCCAGCGAGGAUUAUUGCAUUCGGAGGAACAGUGACAACUCCUUGGAUGAAAGAUGUGUUUCUGCCAUGUCGAGCUGUAGGUGACCCAGGACCCACCAUAAAGUGGACAAAAGACAGUGACGACUCUGCUAUCCCAGUGCAAGUCGAUGGCCACAGAAUGAUCUACAACAAUGGCACAUUGUUUCUUCGCUCUGUCAGGGCAGAGGAUUCUGGAUAUUACACCUGCACGGCCACAAAUACCUGGGGCUUCGACACAAUCAUCGUGAACCUCUUGGUACAAGUACCACCUGACCAGCCUCGUCUGACAGUGUCUCGAACUUCUGCCUCCUCCAUUACAUUGGCCUGGAUUCCUGGUGACAAUGGGGGCAGUUCAAUCAGAGGCUUCGUGCUGCAGUACUCCGUUGAUAACAGUGAAGAAUGGAAGGAUGUCUUCAUCAACCCCAGCGAGAGGUCCUUCAAACUGGACAAUCUCAAAUGUGGCACUUGGUACAAGGUGAAACUGGCGGCCAAGAACAGUGUUGGAGCUGGACGUAUUAGCGAGAUCAUUGAAGCCAAGACCCAUGGAAGGGAACCUGCUUUCAACAAAGACACCCAUCUCUUUACCCACAUUAACUCCAGCCAUGCUAGACUUAACCUCCAGGGGUGGAACAAUGGCGGCUGCCCCAUCAUGGCCAUCAUCAUGGACUACCGUCCCAAAGGCACCUGGCCUUGGCUUACCCUGAGGACCAACCUAUCCAGUGAGAUCUUCCUGCAGGACCUGCGAGAGGCUACUUGGUAUGAGUUGAAGAUGCGAGCCUGUAACAGUGCUGGUUGUGGCAAUGAAACCACACAGUUCGCCACCCUAGACUAUGAUGGAAGCACAAUCCCACCAAUCAAAUCGAUGCAAGGAGAGGGGGAUGAUGUGAAGAAGUUGUUUACCAUCGCUUGCCCUGUGAUCCUAGCAACAGUUGCUGUGGCACUCCUGUUUAUCAUUCGGAAGAAACGCAAGGAAAAGCGCCUAAAGAGGCUCCGAGAUGCGAAGAGCCUUGCAGAGAUGCUGAUCAGUAAGAACAACCGUAGCUUUGAUACUCCAGUGAAAGGACAGCCACAGGGACCCCGGCUUCACAUCGACAUCCCAAGAGUCCAAUUGCUGAUCGAGGACAAGGAGGGAAUCAAACAAUUGGGGGACGACAAAGCCACGAUCCCAGUGACAGACUCCGAGUUUAAUCAAUCGGUCAACCCCCAGAGCUUCUGCACGGGCGUGUCCCUCCAUCACCCGGCCUUGGUCCAGAACACGGGGCCGCUGAUCGACAUGUCUGACAUUCGGCCUGGCACCAAUCCUGUUGCCAGGAAGAGUGUCAAAUCAGCCCACAGUACAAGGAACAGAUACUCCAGCCAGUGGACCCUUACAAAAUGUCAGGCCUCCACCCCAGCCCGAACCUUGACCUCUGACUGGAGAACUGUGGGGUCACAGCAUGGAAUAACCGUGACAGAAAGUGACAGCUACAGCGCUAGUCUCUCCCAGGACACAGACAAAGGCCGGAACAGCAUGGUCUCCACGGAGAGCGCUUCCUCCACCUAUGAGGAGUUAGCUCGAGCCUACGAGCAUGCCAAGCUGGAGGAGCAGCUGCAGCACGCCAAAUUUGAGAUCACCGAGUGCUUCAUCUCGGACAGCUCCUCCGACCAGAUGACCACGGGCACGAAUGACAACGCCGACAGUAUGACGUCCAUGAGCACCCCUUCGGAGGCUGGGAUCUGCCGAUUCACCGCGUCGCCCCCACAGCCACAGGACGUUGACCGAGGGAAGAACGUUGCUGUGCCCAUCGCUCACCGAGCUGGUGAUUAUUGCAAUCUUCCUCUAUACGUCAAAUCAGAAGCAUUCUUCCGCAAGUCAGAUGCCCGCGACCCUUGCCCUGUGGUGCCACCAAGGGAAGCCUCUAUCCGGAACGCGGCCAGACCGUACCCGUCACAAGGUCGGUACAUGACCCUCGACCCCAACAGCAAGCCGCCCGUCCACCCGCAUGCCACGACCACCUUACCUCAGAGGACUCUCACCGUGCCAGGCUCCACGGCCCCCGCCGCCACAACGUCCACCAACACGGCCGCCACCAGCGCCGCCCCUGAAGGCGCCAGCGCCCCUGCUGAACCGCGGAUGCCCGCCCACACCAAAAUAAGCGGCUCCAGAGACUCGCUACUAGAGAUGAGUACAGCUGGACUGGGCAGGUCACAGAAACAGGGGGCAGGAGCCUACUCAAAGUCCUACACCCUGGUGUAGGCUCCAAUAAGCCCCUUAUCACCCUCGCCCUUGUUAAUUUGUAAUAAAAAUAUUUCUUGUACAUAAAGAACUCUUUUUGUAUAAAUAAUACUAUUUUCUUCUUCUGCAGACCAAUCAGGGCACAAAAAAAUCAAAAUGUGAUGUUAUUUAAAAAAGAAAAACAAAAAAAAAGUGCACAUUGUUUUGAACAGAGGACACAAAUGAGGUUUUUUUUCUGAUGUUGUGGAUUGUUUCAAAGCAAGUUCCCUGAAGCCAUUGCAUGCGGACUAUUUUACUGUUUAAAAAGAUAACUCAUAAAGAAUCUGCUUC